AUGCUCAAAGAAAAAGAUGGAAUCUUUGGCUACAAACGACCGUUUCGUACUGCUGAACGUCCGAUGGCUGACGAGCAAACUCCAGCAGGCCACUCUUUCCAGACUGCUACGAUAUCUGCAUGCGCCGUUUGCUGCGCUGCUGGAAAGGCACAUCGAAGAAGUCACAUCAUCAGGAUCGAGAAGAACACCAUGUACAGCGAAGAUGCUGAUGAGAAGAAUGCAGGAGAAUGGGCGGCAGGAACGACUACAAUAACCUGUUGGAGGAAUUUGGCUCAACGUCAUCGAGAAGCGCCUUUAUACGACAGCGGGUCGCAGAAAGCACAAACUCUGGAUUGUAGAGCUGAGUGGGACGUCGCAUUCGAUUCCGAACACCGCCCUCUGCUUCUCAACUUGAAGUUAUUGUUCCAGAAAAGAAGUCGAGGAGUUCAAUCUCAACCGAAUAUCGACAUGGCAGGUCAAAUGGACGAGGAAUGUAGAAACAGAUUCUGCGAAAUGGUGUCGAGUAUUGCAAAGAAGACUCCCCCGGUUCUGAUGCCGAGGAAGAGGUUUGCCUUCGCACCUGCGGAGACCAGAUCCACAUGCCAUGUUGCAUGCGUCGCCCGCAUUACUGGCGAUCUGAGCCAGGAGAAGCGCCUAAGGAGAAAGUUGGAUAGUCAGCUGAAAUGUGAUCGCGAGAACGAAUGGACGACAAGAGCGAAAUAA